AUAGAGUUUAACUAGGGCCCACAGAAAAACACACGGGGUCGUUACUCGUUAGAGGCUCUGUAUAUCCCGCGUCCGUCCAUCAUGAAAGAAUCAAUCGAACGGCUCAAUUAUCUGAAAUUCAGAAUAUAUUACAACACAGCCCUAUUACUACCAGUACGAAUAUCCAGGGAUUCCGCCAGUGCUCCAUGGCCAUGGCUUCAAUACGCAGGCUUCUUCGUUUCUACUCACCCUCAGACAGGACGAGCUUUACACGUACAGGAGUACAAGAAGGCUUAAGAGUCGGAGCAGUUUGUAGGAGAUUUUGUGCAACAUUUGCGUCUGAGGAAACGGUUCUAAAGUGUGAAGACGAGUAUCGGCAAGCUGAACGAAAUUUGAUUGAAGAUGAGAUUGCAAAGAUAAGUCACGAAUUCGAUGUUGCUAAACAUAGCUUCCUUAAGAUUCCGGAGGCACUCAAGCAAAUGCCAAAAAUGAAUCCUAAAGGCAUAUAUGUUAAUAAAAAUCUAAGAUUGGACAAAAUACAAGUUUACGGCUUUGAUUAUGACUACACAUUGGCUCAUUACUCUUCUAACUUACAGAGUUUAAUAUACGACCUUGCGAAAGAGCACAUGGUUAAUGAGCUUAGGUAUCCGGAGAGUUGCCUUAGUUUUAAAUAUGAUCCUGCAUUCCCCAUUAGAGGCCUAUGUUAUGAUAAGCAGAAAGGAUGUCUAUUGAAGUUGGAUUUCUUUGGUUCCAUCGAAUCUGAUGGAUGCUUCUUUGGCCGUCGCAAGCUUAGCAGGGAGGAAAUAAAAGAGUUAUAUGGGACAUGUCAUAUUGGUCGAGACCAAGCACGAGCACUUGUGGGCCUGAUGGAUUUCUUUUGUUUUAGCGAGGCUUGCCUUAUUGCGGAUAUUGUACAACACUUUGUAGAUGCUAAGUUAGAAUUUGAUCCUUCCUAUGUCUACCAAGAUGUAAAUCGUGCAAUUCAGCAUGUUCACCGAAGUGGCGUGGCUCAUAGAGGAAUUAUUUCUGAUCCUCAGCGGUACCUCGUAAAAAAUGGCCUGUUGCUGCGUUUCCUUAAGACGCUCAAGGAGAAUGGGAAGAAACUUUUCCUGCUAACUAAUUCUCCUUACUAUUUUGUGGAUGGGGGGAUGCGUUUCAUGCUGGAGGAUUCACCGGGUAAUUCUGACUCUUGGAGGGAGCUGUUUGAUGUUGUGAUUGCAAAAGCUAACAAGCCAGAAUUUUACACUUCUGAACACCCAUUCCGCUGCUAUGACAUCGAGAAGGAUACCUUGGCUUUCUCAAAAGUUGAUGCCUUUCGUCCAGACCAAAUCUACUACCAUGGGUGCCUCAAAUCCUUCCUCCAAAUCACAAAGUGGCAUGGUCCUGAGGUGAUAUAUUUUGGGGAUCAUCUUUUUAGUGAUCUACGAGGACCUUCAAAGGCUGGUUGGCGCACUGCUGCUAUCAUUCAUGAAUUGGAAAAUGAAAUACAAUUGCAAAAUGAAGAUGGUUACCGUUUCCAACAGGCUAAAUUUCACAUAAUAGAAGAAUUGCUUGAGAGAUUUCAUGCAACCGUGUCUGGGUGUCACAGAGGAAAAGCAUAUGAUAAACUUUUGAAGGAGCUGAAUGAAGAGAGGCAGAUGGCGCGCUCCACUAUGAAGAACAUGUUUAAUAGCUCUUUUGGUGCUACAUUUCUCACUGACAAGGGUCGGGAAUCAGCUUUUGCAUACAACAUUCAUCAAUAUGCAGAUGUGUAUACCAGUAAGCUGGAGAAUUUCUUGUUGCAUCCACUUGAUGCUUGGCUCCAUGUGCCCUUUGAUAUCAAGAUCAUGCCUCAUCAUGUAAAGGUUCCAUCAAGCUUGUUCAAAGUGCAUCAGUGAUGAGGGGUCACUACGUAUCCUUGUAUCUCAUAUUUAAGGAGGGGAUUCACAAAUUUUUAUGGCUUGGGUCUUCGCCAACCGAAGCGGCUCAUUCUUUUAAAGAGUUUCUACAAGAAGCACCAUGAUAAGAUGUCUUGUAUUCAAGAAUGGGAUCCUAAAUAAGAUAUACCCAACCCAUUCAUUGUAAGUAGAACUUGCAACAACCUCUUUGUUCUAUAUUCCUCUAGAAGAAAAAAAUGGAAAUUUUCUUUUGUACUUCUA